UAUAUAUCGUAUCCAACAUAAAUUAGGACGGACGGAGUAAUACGGGGAGGGUGAGGAGGGAGGGAAUCCCUUUCAAAAUUCAAACUCAAAAAGCCCAACAAAAAUCGGGUCGGUCCACUCAUUUUGUAUCCGUUCACACUUUUCCCCCCAUAGCUUUUUUCUGCUAUUUCUUUGAACAGAGCUCUGAGAUUCUUCACAUUCCAAAUCGAAUUCUGCCAGAAGCAAAAAAGGGUUACGAAUAGAGCAAAAAUGGAUGCUGAAAACAUUGAAAAUUCAGUGGAAAUCAAAGGAAUUCCAACUCGGGAUGGUAAAUAUGUUGAGUACAAUGUUGUGGGUAACUUAUUUGAAGUUACCUCAAAGUAUGUCCCUCCAAUUCAACCUGUAGGCCGUGGAGCUUACGGAAUCGUCUGCUGUGCUACAAAUUCGGAGACGAAGGAGGAGAUAGCAAUCAAAAAAAUUGGGAAUGCAUUUGAAAAUAGAAUUGAUGCAAAGAGGACCCUUCGCGAGAUCAAACUUCUUUCUCACAUGGAUCAUGAAAAUGUCAUCAAAAUAAAAGAUAUAGUAAGACCACCAGACAGAGAGGAAUUCAAUGAUGUGUAUAUUGUGUAUGAGCUAAUGGAUACUGAUCUGCAUCAGAUAAUACGCUCUUCACAGGCCCUCACAGAAGAUCAUUGUCAAUACUUCCUCUAUCAAUUAUUGCGUGGACUCAAGUAUGUACAUUCUGCUAAUGUUCUUCACCGGGAUCUGAAACCUAGCAACUUGCUACUCAAUGCAAACUGUGACCUCAAGAUCUGUGAUUUUGGGCUUGCUAGAACUACUUCAGAGGCAGAUUUUAUGACUGAGUAUGUUGUUACCCGAUGGUAUAGGGCACCCGAGCUACUACUUAAUUGUACCGAAUAUACUGCAGCGAUUGAUAUAUGGUCAGUUGGUUGCAUUUUGAUGGAACUCAUUAAGAGAGAGCCUCUUUUUCCCGGGAGAGACUAUGCUCAGCAAUUGGGGCUUAUCAUAAAGUUAUUAGGUUCACCGGAGGAGUCUGAUCUUGGAUUCCUAAGGAGUGACAAUGCUAGGAAGUACGUCAAGCAGCUGCCUCAAGUUCCAAAGCAACCAUUUUCCGAGCAUUUCCCUGAUGUGUCCCCUUUAGCCCUUGAUCUUGCAGAAAAGAUGUUGGUUUUUGAUCCAGCUAAACGCAUAACUGUUGAGGAUGCAUUGAAUCAUCCAUUCAUGAUAAGUCUCCAUGAGAUAAACGAGGAACCAGUUUGCACUUCUCCUUUCAACUUCGACUUUGAACAAGCAUCUCUAAGCGAGGAAGACAUUAAGGAGCUCAUAUGGAACGAGGCUCUUAAGUUUGAUCCCGAUACAACCAAGUGAUGAUCCAUACUAUAUUUCCUCAAUAGCUUGUUUCAUCAAUGUCUGGAGUGUGAUUUGGUUGUGGCAGGUUACAAGAAUUUAAUAGAUUCUACCUAAUAAUUGCAACACUGUGGAUGCAUCUCAAGAUCUACAUUACUGUCCAAGUUCUCAUAACUUUAUUCCACAUUACUUACCUCACCUAUGCUACUGCUCAUUCAGGAAUAAUUGAAAACAGUUCUACCAUAGAGCCACUUCUUCACGGGAAGAACAUGAAAAAGGAUUGAUCGGAGCCGCGAGCAUUCUAACGCACACAUCAUUGUCUUUAAUUUCCACCGGCGGAAGCUCCGUCACUCUGCGAUAAACUUACAAUUAGUACCAGAUAAUUGAAAUUUGAAAAAGUAAACUGAAGAGAAAUGGAAGAGUUACUUAACCUAGUGACAACAUCAGGAGAGCCGUGUUGAUCGUAGACAACGGCCUUAGAAGGCGGCGAAAUGGCGGCGGAAUAAUCUCGUACGGCGGAGUAUAGAGGACGAGAACGGAGCCGGAGGACUCGUGAGAGCGGAUUCCAUGGUGAAACUCCAUGUACGAGGGCUUUUAGGGGUACAAUCCUAGCAGUCGCCAUUACAGAAC